ACACUUUGCAUGUAAAGAUCCGCUCUGUCGAACUUAAUGCUAGCGAGAGAAAGAGGCCAGCGUUCAAGCGCGGCACGCGGCCGAGGUGCGGGGGUGGAACAAACUGAAACCCCUUCAACCUCACUUGCACCACCCAAGCGUGGCUCUAAUCUCGCUGCAACUUCGCCUCAUUCUGCCUUCUACUUGUAGUGCCAAGCAUGAAUUAUUACGAGGAAGACGUGCUUACAAGCGGAGCUCAAGAUGCUGUAGAUCGAGCUCGGAAAACAAUCAUCAAGGCAAGAGGAACCGCUGAAAUAUUAGAGACAAAGUAUGAACUAUGGAAAGUCGUAGUAGCAAUUACUGACGGCCGGAGGCUUCAUCGGCUCAAACUAGAGUAUGAUGACUGCAAGGCUGCUGUGAAUGCUGCUCGAGCCGUAGAAGAAGGCGCAUACACUACGUAUGCCCAGACAAUAUCGAAAAACUUCACCACGGCCUUCCUAUCUGCGCUCCCAAGGGAACUCCGCGAUCAUGUGUACUCAUACCUGUGGGACGACGAGGAUAUGAUUCGUCAAACGAAGCGUUCUGUCCGCGAGUAUGCAUGGAGCUACAGAAUGCCCGAGUUCUGCGCCCCUUCGUACGUUCAACCAGAUCACGUAGGUCAGGUUGUUGCGGAAGAGCUUGCAUUGAGCAUUUACAGAAGAGCCUUUGGCAGACGACUACAUGUCAUAGUCAGCGCUGGACACAUAUGCAAAUUCCUCGCUGCCAACCCGUUGAGAAGCAGCCUCAAGCCUGCUGACUGUAUCAACGCCCUCGACAUUGAGUGGUAUCCAAAUGAGUACUCAGAUAAAGCAGUCAUGGAGUCUUGCAAGGCUCUAGCGAACUACGCGUUCCCGCGCCCUAUUCCCAUUAAAUUCAUUUUAGGUAAAUUCUCGACCGCCAACAGCGACAAGCCAAAGCCGAUGGCAACAUUAGAAGAUCAACUUGGAGUCUUCAAACCUGCAUACGUUGUUCUGGUGAGCAAGGGAUUUCCGGUCACUGUCAAAUCGCUUUCUGGGAAUGAGACCGAGGUGGGCAGUUGCUCGUAGCUUUGACUAGACAGUCGUGUUACUCCUCGUCAAACGUCUAGCUGAACAUUCCUUUCGAACUUCGGUCAAAGCAUCCUCUGGGCGGGUGUCAGCGCGUCGCUAGACACCGUUAAAUGUAUAAUAGACCAGUACGGUUGGAAUGAGAUUUUGUUUCGGCAC